AAAAGAUAACAAUAAAUAUCGACAACUUUAUUCACCUCAACUCACCAAACUCAUGGCAGAGUCCAACAAAGAUAUCAAAAUCAUCGCCGGCGCUGGCGCCGAUGAUAACAGCAUUGCUCUCAAAGAUGCGUUGCUCUCCCACCUCCGUUCACUCAACAUCGAAGUCGAAGAUCUUGGAAACUCUUCUUAUUACUCUAUCGCCGGAGAAGUUGGCCGUCGAGUUUCUCAAUCUUUAUCAUCUUCCUCCCCAGAGGUCCGCGGUCUCGUCGCAUGCGGCACUGGCGUCGGCGUCUCCAUCUUCGCCAACAAGUUCCCUGGAGUGUUCGCCACCACCUGUCUUACUCCAUCUGAAGCUGUCAACGCUCGUUCCAUCAACAACUCAAACGUCCUUGCCGUCUCCGGUUAUUACACUUCAGCAGAAACCGCUAUCGAGAUUGUUGACGCGUGGUUGAGUUCACCGUUCAAGUCUCCUUGUCCUGCAAGCGACAACAAAGCGUGGCCAGAGGAGGUGGAGAACUUUCUAGACAAGUCUCUGGUUGAAAUGCCGGAAGUCGGAAAGGGAGGUGCGGUUAGCAAGUGUGUUAUAUGCUGUUUGGUGAAGAACAGGGUGCUGGAGCCGGUGGACUUGAUUCCGGGUGGGUCAAUGAAGAUUGUUAAGGAGAGUCCGACUUCAGCGUUUGUGAGAUUCACGGCGGGGAGUGUGGAGCCGGCACAUCAUCACACGUUUGCGCAUGAUUUGGUAGUGAUUGAAGGGAAGAAGAGUGUUUGGAAUGUGACAAAAGAUGAGAGGUAUGAUCUAUCAACUGGGGAUUACUUGUCUAUUCCUGGUGGUGAUGUGCAUAGAGUGAAGUACCAUGAGGAGACUGAGUUCUUCGUCAAGUGGGAUGGUCAAUUUGAUAUAUUUUUUAACGAGGAUCUUGAUGCUGCCAAUCAUGCAAUUGAGGCUGCUAAUCAUGCGUAGAUUGAAGUACCAUGAGGUUCUUUUUAGUGGAAUAAUAACUUUACUUGUUUUAGUUGUUUGAAUCAAUACUCCUAUGUUCUCUUCUAUGUUAUUCUGUGUUAUUGUUAUCUUAUUGUGUGUUUGUGUUAAGUCUAAAAAGCUACGUUUCCAUAAAGAGAAAUAAAUGGGUAGGGAAUGACUAAGGUUGUUACCCAUGUAAUAACAUCUAUUAUUAUUAUUUUUACGAUGAUUAAGAGCAUCUCCAAUGGUGCAACUAAGCCACAUCAUAUUA